CGUUACUCGAUGUAGGAAAACGGUUAUAUACUUGAUUUUAACUGAAAAAAAUUUAUUUGUUCAGUCAAAGUGUUUACAAAAACUUGGCAUUUCGAUUAACAUAUAAAAAUGUUACUUCAUGCUAGUGUUUGUACACGGUUGUGAAAUACGGCAGCAAUGGAGUUUGUACGAUCACCAGAGUCGCGAUAACAGCACUUCGUAGCGAAUAAGUCAUCCAAUUUCAAUUACAUUAGUGAUUUCAUUGCUAACAUAUGUACCAGUUCGGCAAUAUGUAAACUUCGCAUUAAUCUUCUAGUUCCCUAGAACACAUCAUUUACAAAAACGCAAGUAUCCGACCUCGACUUGUUAAUUUAACCUGUUCACUGUUAAAUUAAUCGAAGGUUACCGUAGAAAAUAAUAUAACACCAUUUCUGUGUAUCAAACACCAACAAAAAUGACUGAGAAAACAGCUUUGAAAUACAACAGUGUAAACGAGCUGCAGCAAAAAGCAAAAAUCAAUUACAGAAGCAUGCAACCGUCUUAUGUUUACAUGAAGCUGCACGACUUGAGCACUUUGGCUGAAAACAAUAGGAAAAAAGGAGACGAAGAGAGCCAAUACAUCAUGCUGUUCCGAUGGUUAAUGUGUUUCAAUUGGUUGAAAAGCAUGCACGAGUAUAAGGAUGAUAAAAUGUUCACUUCUAUGAAACAGAUCAACGAAGUAAAGAAAAUACUUGAAGACUUGAAACAUAGGUUAGAUUCUCGAUACAAUCAACAACUAAAACAGAGAAAAUUGGACAAAAGCAAGAGCGCAGAGAAAAUGGACAUAGAUAACGAACCAAUAGUUGAUUCCUACAUGUCCCCGGUGGAUGGUCCAAUAAAUUUACCUGAAACGCCAACCAGGGAUCCAUUGGUCGGCGAUAACGAGGAAAUUAUAAACUGCGAUCAGCUGUUCCCAUUAGUGCAGGAUAUUUACGGCAGAUAUUUGAUCAUCGACAUCAGGGCGAAAUCUGAAUUCGAAAAUUCGAGGAUAUCAUCCACCAAGUGUGUUAACAUUCCGAGAAGCGAGAUAAAAUCUGGUCUGUCGGCUAUGCAUUUUGAGAAAUAUCUUCAUAAAGACAAGAAAGCUCUGGAUUUGUAUCGGCACAGAGGCUCUCAAUAUGUCGACGUUACAAUUUUGAUGGACUGGAAUACAUCGAGUAAAACUUUAACGACCGAUAGUCAUUUGAACACGUUGAGGAAGAUUUUAGAGAAUUGGGACCCCGGCAUUAGGCACACGAAAAUCACGAUAUUAGAUGGGGGUUAUGCAGAGUGGGUAACUCGUUACCCAGCAUUUACAACAAAUCCCAAUAUCCCCGAGCCUGUCGUGAACGACGAUAUUAUGAACGAGAUGUUAGAUGAUAUAGAGUAUCCUGAUUGGAUACAUUCGGACGACGAAGAUAGUAUUAAUAAAACGCGCGAGAGUAAAGGAAUUAGUUUAAAACCUGUAAAUAAGAAGGACAGAACGUCGAAAGCGAACGUUCUAAACAAUAAAAUAUUGUUCAAACACGGGGAUUCGGAAUCGAGCAACAAUGCUUAUGCUAUGCGAUCCAACAAUUCCGUGAACGCUUCGAUCGAAGCGGACAAAAUUCCUGCGGACGUUAGCAUGAAGCAAUACAACGAAACUUCGUUGAAACUGCAACGCAAAGAUUCGUCGAUCGCGAUGAAGAAAAAUGACGUGCCGGCGAAACCGACCGUUGAUCGUAGCAACAAACCAGUUUCCUUGGACCCGGUCACCUCCGAAUCUCAAACGGUGCUGAAGCUAAUGAGACAACUGAACGAGGUUGCGAAAAGUAAAGAAGCCUUGGAGCAAGAAAUUUUGGAACAGGAACGUGCUAUGUACGUGCAACACGGUAUCAAGUACAAAGGUUCGAACGAGGAGGAAUACAUUCGUGGUGCGUUGAAAUCGCUGGGCUCGAAACUAGAAGAGAAGGAUACGGAGUACAAGAUAGUCGAGGAUGAACUCGCCAAGUAUUACACGAAAGUCGAGUCGAUAAAAUUUAAUUCGACCGAAAAGAAUGAGAAGAGCAAUUUAGAUUUCAAUCUUCUAAAGUUAAAAUUACGCAUGAAGGACACGACCGCGGCUCGAAACAAAUUACAAGAAAAAUCUAGAAAGAACGACUAUAAGGAAGCAUCAGGGAAGGAAAACGAGGGCAACGUUCACAAAGAACCACUGAAAACGGAGAGUCCGUCGAUGGGCAGUAGCUUGGAACGUUCCUAUUCCAGCCCAAAUUUGCUACAGUUGAUAGAUCGUAAAGCACCGCAAGUGGACAGGACAUCGAAACCACAGGCACCUACGUACAGUCAAAAUGGAUCUUUCAGCACCGACAAUAAAAUGUCCCACAUCAGUUGGACGAAUCGCGAAGAAAGAAUGACACCGGUUCACGGAAGCGUACAUCCAGGUAUUACAGGGUUGAAGAACUUAGGAAACUCCUGUUAUAUGAACAGCAUUAUACAAUGCUUGAGUAAUACAACCCACUUAGCUAAAUAUUUUACGGACAAUUUGUACGCCGAUGAUUUGAACACGAAUGACGAUAACGGCACGCAGUGUCAAGUCGUGGAAGAGGUUGCUCAAGUAAUUAAAGCACUCUGGCGAGGUCAAUACAAGAGCAUCUCCCCUCACGAUCUGAAGAUCGCUGUGGGGCAAUAUAAAUUGCAAUUCGAGAGUUACGAGCAACAAGAUUCCCACGAAUUCUUGACGUUUUUGUUAGACUGGAUGCACAACGACCUGAGGAAGAAUUGCAAGGCACCGUUAGAAAUGACCGUUGCCGAAGAAGCGUGGGAUAAAGCAAUGAACUCACAGAAAUCCAUAAUAUCCGACCUCUUCUUCGGUCAACUAAGAUCGACCAUAACUUGCAGCUUCUGCAAGCAGAUUAGCACGACGUACGAGACUUUUAAUAGUUUGACAACUUCGCUGCCACACUCGAAUCGGUGCACGUUGAACGAUUGUAUUCUAAGGUUCGUGACUGGGCAAAAGGUAGUCGGAUGGAAGUGUCCAAAAUGUCAGACGGCGCGCGAGGCUAUGAAGAAAUUCGAUUUUGUAAAACUGGCGCCAGUGAUUGUGAUACAUUUGAACCGUUUCGCGGAGAGCGGCGGUUGGCUCGAGAAACGAAACACCGCGGUAGACUUUCCUCUCACAGGUUUCAAUUUGAAACCACAUCUGGUUAUGGACAACAAUACACCGACGACUUCAAACAUGCGUAGCUACAGUUACAGUUUGUACGCGAUGUCUAAUCAUUACGGAACCAUGGAGGGCGGUCACUACACAGCUUUUUGUAAAAAUGCUGCACAGAAUAAAUGGUACAAAUACGAUGACCAAACGGUCACGGAAGUCACUGAGAAUCAAGUGAGGUCUCAGAAUACCAGCGCCUAUCUGCUAUUUUAUACGUCAUUUUCAAGCAACAUUAUUUAGUAUUAAUAUACAGAUACCAAUGGGCACGGUUCACAAGUAAAUUGAUUACUUAAAUAGUCAUAAAUAUUACGUGACAAUGUAGAUAUUAAAUAUCUUUUGUAUGUACAUUUAUUAAAUAUAUCAUGUGAUUUGUACGCAUAGGACUGUGACGACAGUAAAAAGGCUUGGUUGGUGUUGGGAUAUGUUAAAAAUAUGUAAAUAAAUAACGUUAAACCCGACUACUUGUUACGGCACGUCGUUCAAAAUAAUAUCAAAUAGUUGACAGAUUAAUUUAAAAAAAUGCAUCGCGAAUGUGUCUAGCCAUUGCAAUGUACUUUGUACUGUACCCCAAUAUAUUUCAGUAAUGUUGUUUCACUCUGUACCUUUAUGCAUGAAUUAUUGUAACUUAAUUGUUUUACUGUUUACUUGUGUUGUCGCUCAUAAACACAGUAUUUCUCGUUUAACGCGAUGGUAACUACCUUUCUCUCGCAGUCUUCUAUCUGCUAAUAUUUAAUUUGCACGCUCUUUCAAAUCAUUUGAAUCUUCUCUUAUUUCGAGACAAUCAACAAAAGAUAACUCUGGCAAAACUUUAUUUUACGCUUUAUACUAAGAAUUUGUUUUCCCCUAAUCUUUUAUGCAUCAGUAUUUUGCAACAUAUAAAAUUCAAUGCAACACAACGGCGUUGUUAUGUACAUAUAUAUAACGAGAAGCAAAUAAAAGAAAUAAUAGUAAAAGAUAUUGUUCCUUUUGGAGAACUAGUUGAUCACAUUUUACACAGCAAUCGUGAGAUACUGUUUUAUAUGACAUUCGAUAUAUCUGUGACACGGAAAGAAAAAUUGUUUAAACGCGUAUGAGAAUACGCGAAUUGUGUUCAAUUAUUGCUAGUGCUUGCAAAAUUGUUAACAACUUGCGCAACAUUUAUUAAAUAUGAAUGUUUCCAAAGU